CCAGCGGCUUGGCGAGGCGGAGGAGCAGAGGGGCCCCGGCAGGAGAAGAGGUAAAGAGAGGAGCCCCGGGCCGGCAGCCGGGGAGCGCCCCCUUCCCCGCGGGUGGGAUCGGCGGCGGAGCACCCCGCAGCGUGGAGCCGGAGGAAUCUCUAAACUCGGUUGCAGGGGAAGGCCGCGAUGGCUGCAAAACCCCAGAGAGGUUUAAGAGAGUCUGUCGAUGACGUGCUUGGUGACCUCCUGGGAUUCGACGAUGAAAGUCCUGUUAAUUCUGUGAGAACUUCCCGCCUGGCCAGGGGCAGCAGUGGGAGAGCCCAGGGCACCAGCUUGCAGGCCAGCCAGAAGUCCUUUGUAGAGGACGAUUUCUUCAGCAGAUUCCCUGCAGAGGAUGUGGAAGCUGCAGAGGGAUCCAGUGCCUCCAGCGGAGAGCCCCAAGCUCUGCUGCAGACCCUGAAGGACAUGGACAACCUGGAAGCUGAUCUGCUGGGAAUAUCAACACCUGGUUCUCGGCCAGGGAAGCCAGCCAUGAAAGGUCCUGGGAAAUGUGACUCCUCAGGAGAAGCAGUGAAAACUGCAGGGAAGCUGCUAGCUCCUGGGAAAGGAGAGUCUGGACCUCCGAUGGAGAAGAAGCCACUGUCAUCCUUCCCUGCUUCCCAACAGUACAAGAAAUUUAACUUGGAAGAUUUAGAUGUUCCUUUGUCAGGGCUUUUGUCCGAUGAGGAGCAGGAUGCUCCCAAGAAGCCAUCUCCAACAGGCACUAAAAGCAUCUCUGGGAAAAAAACAGAACAGAGCAAAGAGAAAGAGCCACCCCCAGCCCAGAUGCCCCUGCACACUGUGGCCCCAGUCCAGAGCAGGAAGGAGCUCAUGUUUGAAGAUGAUGGUGACGACCUGAUGGCUGCACUGGGACUUGGCAGUGGCCCAGGAAGCGAUGAAAAGCAGGGCAAGAAGGCAGAAGAGGAGGAGGUCCGGCCAGCCCGCGCUAAGCUGGACGAGUUGCUGGGACGAGGCUCUGUGGCCAGAAUCCUGGAAGAGCCAGGCCUGGGAGAGUGCCAGGAGUUCAAACUGGAGAAGAAGUACCAAAAGCAGCCGGACAAGGAAGAGGGUCGGAACAAGUUUGAUUUUGUCUUUGGAGCUUACCAGCCCUCAGUGGCCUCCACAGCCAAGGGCCAGCCGGCGAGGAGGCAGCCUGUGAGCAGGUUUUCCGCUGAGAACAGCAGCGAACCAAAAGCAGAGCUCCACUCCAAAGCUUCUCCUUCAGCCAGCCAGAGCCCUGUGCGGGGCUGCAGGGCUGGAGGUGACUGGCUGGGCUUGAAAGAUGAAGAUUUUAUGGAUUUGGAGCUGUCGUCUCCAGCAAAGGCCGGUCCUGCAGGGAGCUCCCCCAGCCCUGCCGCAGCUGGGCGGCCCGGCCCUGCCAGACAGCUCCCGGCUGCAGAGGAGGCAGCAGCUAAACCUGACGCGGUGGAGGAGGAGGACUGGCUGAGUGCUGCCUUAUCUCGCAAAAAAGCCCAAGCGAAGGCGAAGGCCCAGGAGGGGAAUGCUAAGGCCUCGGAGGCCCCAGGCGAAGGGCUGAAUCCCUGCUCUUCUGUCAGCCGGCCAGCAGCCUCCCCAGGAGCACGGCCUCAGGCAGCCACCAUGCGGGCUGAGGCAGCGAGCACAGACAGCUCCAGGCCACCGCUCCCCUGGCUCAGCACCACGGAACAAGCCUCAGCUCACCCGUUGGAGGCAGCACAGGGGGAUCCCUCCAGAGACGCCAGCGCCCCGGUCCCCGCAUCCUUGUUCCCAGGAGAGCAGGAGACACAGAGCCCUGCCCCGCUGGCUCAGGUAGAGUCCCCAGGCCUGGGCUUGCUGCAUGAGAGGAGGCUGGGGGCUGCCGUGGCCCAGCCCCACGGGGAUGUGACAGGCUGUCAGGCAGCGCUGCUCCGUGCCCAGGCCCGUGUGGUAGAGCUGGAGAGCCAGGUGCGGACACUGGAGCUGGUGCGGGCACAGGACAGAGACUUCCUGGAGAGACUCCGGCAGCGGCACCAGGAGGACCUGGAUCUCCUCGAGAGCACCCACAGGAGCCAGGUGAAGGUGGUGGAGGAGACCUGCAGGCAGCAGUUGCAGAGGCUGCGGCAGGAGCAGGAGCAGCUGGUGGCUCAGCUCCUGGGGCAGAGGCAGGAGGCGGAGCAGGCACGGGCAGAGCUGCUGGCGCAGCACCAGCAGCACUUGGCAGCGCUGGAGCAGCGGAGCGUGCAGGAGCUGGAGCGGCUGCGAGAGCUGCAGAGGGUGUCUGUGCAGGAGCUGCGCAGAGACCAUGAGGAGCAGCUCCAGCGGCUGAAGCGGCUGAAGGACCAGGAGGUCGAUGCAGUGACCAGCGCCACUUCGCACACCAGGACUCUGAAUAGCGUCAUCGAGCGGAUGGAGAAGUUCUCCAGCGACCUGUGUGACAUCUUGCACAGGGUGGAGGCCACACACCACACCACCUCCCAGGAGCUGGCCAUGGGGGCACAGAAGCAGGAGAAGCAGCUCAGGGUGCUCCAGGACAGCCUGUUGCAGCAGAAGAGGGAGGCGGAGGAGGAGCGGCGCCGAUUCCAGGAGGUGGUGGCUAAACUGGAGGCCAGGCUAGGGGAGCAGACUCGGCUGCUGGAGCAGGAGCGACAGAGAGUGUUGGCAGAGCACUCCAGAGUGGAAUCACUGCAGCACUCGCUGGAGGAGGAGAGGCGAGUCCUGACCCAGCAGCUCUCCAUGGAGCGAGCAGAGCUGGAGAGGGCGAAGAGCAUCUUGCUGGAGGAGCAGAAGGUGCUGCAGAGGUGUGCAGGGGAGUGGCAGAAGCUGACAUCUGAGUGGGCUGAAUUUCACACCCAGCAGCCCCUGAGCAGGGAACAGGACACGGCCCGAGCACUGCCCGUGGAAUCCCAGGAGAGCCUGGCCCAGGAGUGGGCAGAGGUGAAGAUGCGGGUCCACACGCUGAGAGCCCGGGAGGAGCAACUGGCGAGGGAGAAAGAGCUGCUGGAUGAGGCCUGGCAGGAGCUGAAGCUGGAGCAGAAGGUGGUGAAUGGGGCUGCGCUGCGCGUCCGGCAGCAGGAGGAGAAGAUGAAAAGUGUGACGGAGCUCUCCUCCCAGAAGUACGAGGAAGGGCAGCAAGCCCUGCGGGAGGCACAAAGAGUCGAGUCCCAGCACCAAUCCAGGCUGCAGGCCCUGCAAUCGCAGUUGGAGCAGCUCAGGCAGCAGGAAGAGCAUCUGCAUCAGGAUCAGCUGAGCAUGGCUCAGCAGAGGAGCCAACUUCAACAGCUGCGCCAGGAGCUGCCCAACAGCCCCACGAUGCUGCGGACCGCAGGGUGGAACUCCAGUGCCCCUGCGAGUGGCUUCUCCAGCAUGCUGAGCUUUCCACCUGCCAUGGGGAGCCUGGGAGGUAUGAGGGAACUCCUGGCCAUGACCAGCUCUGCUGAACUCAGUGCCAUGCUGGCGAUGAUGAGGUUCCGAGCCCUGCAGGACCACGCUUACUUAGAGAAUGAGGAGUUCUUCCUGGAGUCCCUGAAGAAAGCGUCCUACAAUGCUGCUUCUCUGCCAGGCUGAAGGGGCGGCGUCCCCAUGCAGUGCCCAGGGGAUGGCUGCUCAAUAAACACCCCUUCACA